AUGACAGCCGGCCAACAGCAUGCCAUAACUUGCACAGUACAAGGGGCACGCCCACCGGCUCUUAUUGAAUGGAGCACUGAUGUUGAACGUAUCCAGGUCAUGGAUCAGGAAAAUGUUGUUGAAGGCCAGAGCUACGUAUCCCACAGGGUAGCAACCGUCAACCCUUCUAAAGAUGACCAUAACAAAGUAAUUUGCUGUCUGGCAUCUCAUAGUAAGCUUCAGAAUGUUCUUCAGUCAACCGUCAGUCUCUUUAUUCAAGUCAGGCCAAGAGAAUUACAGAUUACAUCUUCUCUGACCAUAACAAUCAAAGCGGGAACCAAAACUCUCACCGUGUUUGAAAACGUUCCGGUAAACAUUACCUGCCGAUACUUUGGAUCUCGUCCUCCUGUUCCACUUUCCUGGGAACUUGGACCUACAGCGCCUUCUGGUGGUAUCACAUAUACCAGUAGACCAAACAGCAUGGACAACACAUUAAGUGAUGGAGAGAGCACAUUGCGGAUCACACUACAAAGAAGUGCUCAUUUCAAAUUUGUGCGAUGUUUGACAUCUGCCGAGGAAUGGCAAGUUAAUGAACAAGUGAGACUUGUCGUUUAUGGUCCACCAGAUCCUCCAGAGAUACUCAAUUCUCCUGACUUACAAGAUGGCAUCGCCGCAUCAGUCACGUGCAUCGCCAACAAUGGGUAUCCGGUUCCUGUGUUCCAAUGGAAUCUAGGAAUGAACGAUCUGACCAACGAAUCAUUGAGAAUAAAAAACACUGACAAUAGAUCUACUGACAACCAAAGAGUUAUGGCACGAAGUGUGCUUACGUUCACUCCAAGGAAGAAAGACCAUGGCCGAUAUCUUGUCUGUCAGGUACAUCAUCCUGAAACCCCGGGUGUUUGGUCUCGGAGCAUAUGGAUAACGAUUAACGUCACAUGUAAGUUGGUCUUGUCUUUUCGACAAUAA